AGUUUCUUGGCGUUUUCAAUAUGGCAGGAGGCUCUGCUACUGCCAACAGCAACAAGAAGCAGCAACAACAACAACAGAAUAAGCGAGGGGGUCAAGGAGGCAGCGGCCCUCGCGUAGAAGUCCCUCAUGGGAUCGAACCGCGCGCGGCCGGCAAUCUAUAUUCGUCCUACGAGAUUGUCAAGGCGGUCAAUGACUUUUUUGGGGAGGCACUACCUGCCUUGGGGUAUAUUGAGAACACGAGUCUCCCUUGGAUGAGAAUAGUCCUUAUGACUAUGGCUUGCACGGCGGGCGUUAUCGGCCAAUUUUUUCUCAAGUUCCCCGCGGAUGCCUCUCUGCUGAGAUUUUGUGUCCUGGGGUACUUCCUGUUUUCUGGAAUCACUUGUGUGGUAGACAUGUUAUGGAUGAAGUCGAGCGGCAUGCAGAUCAGCGAUCGCGAGACUGGUGAGAGAAUCUUCGUUGAUGUGGAAAUGCCGGGAUUUGGCUCAAACUUGGUGUUAAGGUUGCGAAGUUACCAGUCGAAUUUGUCCGAGGAGAUCAGAGAGAGCAUAGGAAACUACUUUCAUGAGGACGGCGAGCUGGAUGGACAGAAACUGCUCACUCGCUUUGACGUUCUUUACCGUCGUUUCGCGGCCCAUAGGAACGGUGAUUUAAAGGCUGAAUAAUUUUGUGGCGCGGUGAAGACUACAGCUAUCGCUGUUGCUGUUGUUGAGGGGAAUGGUCAUU